AUGCAAGCAGAAUUGGAAUUGACAGAAGAGGUCUUCGAGGAGAAAGAUAAUGAUGAGGGUUCAAUUAGUGAACCUGCUAAUGUGGUAAAUAAAAAGUCCACAGAAAAAGUUGUUCUCACACUAUCAGUAGUAGAAGUCAAACCCCCACCACCCUUCCCCCAAAGACUUAAGAAGAACAAUAAUGAUGUCCAGUUUAAUAAUUUUGUUGACAUUCUGGAUCAACUCUAUAUCAACAUCUUACUUCUGAAAGCCAUCGAUCAUAUACCAAAUUAUGCCAAAUUCCUUAAUGAGAUUGUUACCAAGAAUAGAAAAGUCGAGAAAUUUGAGACAUUUUCCAUAACAAAAGAAUUUUGCUCUGCCUUGAACAAGCUACCGCCAAAGCAAAAAGAUUCGCGAAGAUUUUUCAUUCCAUGCUCUAUAGGAGAAAACUAUGUUGGGAAGGCACUGUGUGACCUUGGAUCAAGUGUGAAUCUAAUGUCCAAGUCAAUAUAUUUAAAUCUUGAGAUGGGAAAUGCAAGACCCACCUCCGUUAUUUUGCAACUAGCCGAUAAUUCUCAUGUUCGUCUCGAGGGAAGGAUCAAAGAUUUCAUAGUGAGGGUGGACAAAUUUGUGUUCCCAACCGACUUCCUUAUACUUGAUUACAAGGUUGAUGCCAAUACACCCAUAAUUUUGGGGAGACCUUUCCUAGCCACUUGUCGCAUACUUAUUUAUUGUGAGAAGGGUAUGUGGAAUGAUUAUGAAGAAUACCAGAGCAUUUUGAAAAUGAACUCAAAGAUGGAAGAAGAAGAUGACCAACUUUUCCACAACAAUUUCAUCCAGCUGUAUGAUUAUGAAAAGAUCUUGGAGGAGAACAAGAAAGAGAAAGCCGAAGAGUUCCCAUUAGAGGUACAAGAGUUUAGCUUACUCUUAGCUAGACCUAGUAUGUGCUUUGAACCCCUUGAUUUUGAUGAGUUUAUUCAUCAUAAGACUUCAUUGCAGCAUGCACCCAAAUUGGAACUAAAAACUUUGCCACUGCAUCUUAAAUAUGCUUACUUGGGUGAUGAUGAGACUUUGCAUGUGAUUAUUUCCUAUAGUCUUAAGCCUGAACAAGAAUGA